AUGCAGCGCAACAACUAUAGUCUCGAUGUUUAUAAAGGAAACAAAAUAAUUCACCUUGCCGGAAAAUGGAUAUUCUGGGCUCCAUCCAUCAUAACAUGGAUCGAUAUCGGCAUAUCAAUCGGUGGCUGGGUGUCCGUCAUGCAUGUCGAGCACGCCCUUCUCCCCACCGCAUGGAGCCAAGCUAGUCUGGGCUUGUUGGUAGUUAUCUACGUUUACCUUGUCGGCAUAUUCGUUCUCUUUUGGAUCCACCGACACGAAUGCUUCGGGGAGGAAAGAUGGGCACUCGAUGGUGUUACCGUCUGCAUUCCUCUGUUUGCCAUUCGCCUCACAUACUCGCUUGUCUUCGUCAUCUCGAGCAACAUGAAGUUCAAUGCCAUCAAGGGCAACCCGACAGCCUAUCUGAUCAUGACCAUGCUACCCGAAGUGGCUAUAAUUGGGAUGUGCACAUACAUAAUUGCGGCCAAAAUAUCACCACUCCAGAAAGAGACACACAGAUCGCCACGGAAGACAGACGACGAGGAAAGUCAAGAGGGUCUUACUAGCAGGUCCUAG